AUGGGAGAUUCGUCCGACAGGAGCUCCGGUAGUGAUUCACAGUGGAGGGACUGCCUGACGAGGAACUCCUUGAUGGGUACAACCGUUGGUAAUGGCUACCCCUGCACGUGGAAAUCAGUGCACAUCAAAAGAGGAGAACCGAUCGAGACGUUCCUGUCAUCACGUAUGUCAUGCGCGCCACGCGCGUCGAGGCUUCUUUUCAACUGGGGAGAAAAAUUUUCCACGUCGAGAAAGAAUGAAAAAAAUAGAAUUUUCAGAUACGUAUGGAUGAGUGAAGAUGAGCUGGGGGGAGAAUCAACUGAGGAGGGAGAGGAAGAAGGACAGUACGAGUACGUGUACCAAAAGAGGUUCAGCAGAGACAGUAUGUUCAGAGUAGAUGUUGAUGAAUAUUCGAUAAGGAGGAGUGUUCUGCCGGUUCGAGAAGGGAGAGUUGGAAAAAAAAAUCAAACCUUGGAUGGCGCCAACAGUGGAAAGAAACUGUAUGGAAGGAAAAGUACACGUGAGGUGGAUCCCCGAAUGGGUAGAACCCCCCACGGUGGGCGAGGGGCAGAAGAAAAACGCGGUAACAUCCUCUUAGAAAAUGCCUGGAAGGCAUUCAAACUGGAGGAAGGAACUUCAUUUGGAGGCGGUCCACUUGGAGGCGGUUCACUUGGAGGUAACCCAUUUGCGGGUGGUCCCUUCUGCAGUGACCCUUACUUAUGCUACCCCCUGCAGUUCUGCAGGAGGGAUGGAAAAGAUCGGAGACACAUCAGCAAGGAGCCCUACAAAGUAUUGAGCGCCCCGAAUUUGGUAGACGACUUCUAUCUUAACUUAGUAGACUGGUCAAGACAAAACAUAAUCGCCGUGGGGUUGCGCGAUAAGUUAUGCGUGUGGAAUGAAGAUACCUCUAAAGGAGAAGAAGUAUUCACAUUAAAAAGGAAAAAAAUAAAGAAGAAGAAGAAAAAAAAAAAAAACACACAGAAAGACAAAAAAAAUAAGAAAAGUAUAACAUCAUUAAGGUGGAACUUUUUUGGCAACCACUUAUCUGUUGGUUUGUCAAACGGAGUUGUUCAAAUUUGGGAUCUGGAAAAAGAAGUGAAGAUAAGAAAGUACAGGAACCAUAAGAAAAGAGUUGGAGCACUGGGAUGGUAUUACGAUACGUUAACAACUGGAAGUAAGGACAACAAGAUUGUCUGUUCAGAUAUCAGAUGUAAAGAUAGUAGUUAUGCACAGCUAACUAAUCAUACUUCGGAAGUAUGUGGUCUUCAAUGGAAUUAUCAAACGAAACAGUUAGCUUCAGGGUCCAACGAUAACUCUGUGUACAUAUGGGAAUGGAGAAAAUGUGUUCCUCUGUUCCAGUUGACAAAACAUACAGCUGCAGUGAAGGCCAUGAGUUGGUCUCCUCACAAAGAGAACUUGCUUGCUACUGGGGGUGGGUCAGCUGAUAAAAAAAUAUUUUUGUGGAACACUUCCACCGGGAAGUGUCUUGAUGAAGUGCGAGCAAAUUCCCAAGUUUCUAACAUUUUUUGGUCCAAACAUACGGAGGAAUUUGUGUCCACACAUAGUUACUCUCUAGGUCAGGUUGUGUUGUGGAAAUACCCUCGGCUGAAAAAGGUGUCGGCGCUAAGUGGUCAUGCACUGCGCGUGCUGUAUGGCGCCCUCAGUCCCGAUGGAGAAUCCAUUGUUACGGGUUCUCCCGAUGAGACGCUGCGCCUCUGGAGAGUCUUCCCCCGAGGAGGCCACAAAAGUGCAGGAAACCGUCUGGAAAACUGUCUGGACAAAUGCCUGGGAAGUUACCUUGGCAAUCCUUACGGUAGCCACAGCUUAACCCAUCACCCGCCACACCUGAUCCCCUUCUCAAACUGUUAUGAACAAGUCAGGUAA